AUGGCGCAGGCGGAGGCCCCGCGGUGUCGCCGCGUGGGGAUCCUGGGCUACGGCCAGUUAGGACAGUACCUGGCGGGGCAGCUGCUGGCGCGGGGCCCCCCCAUGGGGCUGGCGCUGGCCUUCGUGUGGGCGCGGGAUGGGGGGCGGCUGGAGGGGCUGCCCCCCACCCUGCGCCUGCCGGACCUGCGCCUGCUGCCCCAGAGGGAGGUGGACCUGGUGGUGGAGGUGGCGCACCCCUGCGUGGCGCGGGAGCACGGCGAGGCCAUCCUGGCCCAGGCCGACUUCAUGCUGGGGUCCCCGACGGCGCUGGCCGACCCCGAGACGGAGCGGCGGCUGCGGGGGGCGGCGGCGCGGGGGGGACACACGCUCUACGUCCCCCGCGGCGCCCUGUGGGGCUGCGAGGACAUCCAGCGCAUGGACCAGGCCGGCACGCUGGCCGCGCUGAAGGUGACGAUGACGAAGGCCCCGCAGAGCUUCCGCCUGGAGGGGCGGCUGCGGGAGCGGCUGGCGGCGGCGGGUGGGGGGCGCGCGGUGCUCUACGAGGGUCCCCUGCGUCCCCUCUGCCCCCUCGCCCCCAACAACGUCAACACCAUGGCGGCCGCCGCCGUGGCCGCCCCCCGCCUCGGCUUCGACGGCGUCCGCGCCUGCCUGGUGGCCGACCCCAGUGUCCCCGACUGGCACGUCGUGGAGGUGGAGGUGACGAGCGUGGGGGACGAGGGACGGGCGCUGCGUGUCACCAGCACCCGCCGCAACCCGGCGGGGCCGGGGGCCGUCACCGGCGCCGCCACCCGCGACGCCUUCUGGAGCAGCCUCUUGGCCUGCCACGGACAUGGCGGAUGCGUCCAGCUCUGCUGAGGCCUCCGGACCGGGGACAGGCCGGGGACAAGCGGGGACAGGCCGGGGACAGGCCGGGGACCGACGGGGACCGACGGGGACCGGCCGGGUGACAUUAAAACCAGCGACCCCAUCA